AUUGUGGAGGGUAUCAGCCGGAAGUGUUCCCGAAGGACCUGGUGGUCAUGGACGACCGGAAUGAUGGCACUCGUACGCUAAGAUUUCCCUAUCGAGCUUAUGUUAUGCUACAUAGUAACAUUCCAAUUCUCUAAAUUGUAGUUUUCCUGUUCCAUCUUAUGAAUUCAAACACAACCGCACAUCUGUUGCCUCACGAUGAAGGCUGGUCUGUUUGUGUGCCGCUGGCCACCUAGCCGGCUGUGCCGCUGCUAGCAGAGCUGCAGCUCAAAACCAAAUGUGGAUGCAACAAGCUCACUGGACUUAACGUUGCUACACUGUAAAGCGCCCGACAACAUGACACGUGCACGAUCCUGGACUGCGAGUUGUUAAGAGGAAAAUCCAUCCAAACUAAGCCUGUCUUCUACUGCCAAUCCUCUACUCUUACACUAAUGGGAACCUAGCUUUCUUUUUUGAACCUCAAUUUCUCCCCCUGGUAGAGCAGUAAAGUAAUCAGCUGCCAUGCGUAUCAGUUUCUGUCAGGGCCUGUUAACUGGUGCCAUCAUCCUCAAUCUCCUUAUACUCUACUACGUGUCCCGAGCCCAGCAGCAAAUGAUGGACAAGAGGAAGGAGCUUGGCAGAGGCACAAGGAAGGUUGCCUCACCAGGUUCCAGUCUGGGAGGAGGACUCGGGUUAUUCAUAGGAGCCGGAGGCGAGACUGGAGUGGCUGGAGUGGAGGGACACGGUCGAAGCCCGCGUGUGACUGUUGUUCUUCGAGAGUUCGAGGACUUUGAGAACUACGUGGGGGAUGUGGCUACUUCCUUCCUCCACCAAAGACCCGAGCUCCCUUUCUUGGCUGUGGCCGACGCGCUGCCGUACCCUCCCCUGGUGCUCCCAGAGGGUGCUCGGCUCCUGGUGCUCACCCCCAGCCCCGAGCAGCCGCCGCAAGCCCACAGGCCGGAGUUCCACGUCCAGACAGAGUUUGUGCUCCUGGUGCCUGAUGGGGCGGAGCUGGAGCAACCUCGGGCUGUCGAGAGGCUGAUCCGAGAGUUGGAAGGAGAGGGCGGGGGGCCCGUCAGGCUGGUAGCUGCACCCAUGCUGACCCGAUCGGCCGUGCAGUGCCUUCACCUGCGGGUGAACCUCAGAGAGUGGACGGCCACAUACUCACCGGCCGCAUCUGGGAGCAGCGGGAGCGUGUGCACGGCUCUACAAGGAGAUGCAGUCGUCCUAAUCCGUACCGAGGACCUUUUCAACCUCUCUGUCCCUUUGGGACGGCCACUCUUCUCCUCGCUCUUUGUCCAGACAGCUUUGAGGGGCUGGAAGGUCAAGCUGCUGGAGAGCCCCUGCUUCUCCGCGACCCACCGUCCCCUCUUCAGCUCCGCACACAACCAGUGGAAGGCCGACACCCGGCUGAAGGAGGCCACGGGGAAGCUCAUGAAGAGCUUUGGUCUGAAGCGUCUGCUGCUUCCUGAUGGCAAGGAUCAGUGGUACGGCUGCAGCAAAGAGACGCCGCGCUGCUUUGGCACUGUGCAGGACGACACACCGGACUACCUUUAUUUAGACCGAUGGACGCCUCCCUGCUGUUUGCGAGCACUCAGGGAAACAACCAAGUAUGUCGUUAACAUCCUGGAAAGUUCAGGCGUACGCUACUGGCUAGAGGGCGGCACCCUGCUGGGCGCCGUCCGCCACCAGGACAUCAUCCCGUGGGAUUAUGAUGUGGACCUGGGCAUUUACUUAGAAGAUGUACUCAACUGUGAUCAGCUGAAGAACUUGGACUCAGGUUCCCUGGUCGACGCCAACGGCUACGUAUGGGAGCGGGCGGUGGAGGGAGACUUCUACAGAGUCCAGUACAGCGAGGCCAACCACCUGCACGUCGACCUGUGGCCGUUCUAUCCGCGGAACGGCGUCAUGACCAAAGACACGUGGACGGAGCACAAGCAAGACGUGGAGUUCCCAGAGCACUUCCUGCAGCCGCUGGUGCCCAUGCCCUUUGCUGGCAUCACCGCCUACGGGCCCAACAAUCACAGAGCCUUCCUGGAGCUUAAAUUUGGGGAAGGGGUGAUUGAGAACCCCCAGUACCCGAACCCUGCUAAGAAGAGGCUGGACAGAAGCAGAUUGUGAACCGUAUGUGGAAGAACCGAUUUGGUUCCAAAGUGGCUGAAUUUGCUGUUACUACAGUGUACCAGAAGAAUACAGUAAAUGUAUUAUCUUCCAGUAAUCAGUGCUCAGAUGUAGCCGCUGGUACACUGUAUUUCACAGUACUGCACUAGUAGCCAGGUUUACUGACUCUGUUCGUGAUGUACAGUGCACCAUCAUUGUGACUGUUGUUUAAAUUAUAUUGACGUUAGUGUCUUUGUGAAAGCUACAGUGUGGAUCAUUUUAAACAGGUUUAGGUUUUGUUAAGUGUGGUUCUGCACUGCCCUCAGUUUUGCACAUUUAAUGAAUGAAUGUUACGUAACGUGCGGACUAGCUAUAGAGGGUGAAGUGAGGCGAGCUCUGCUCCAUUAUUACCGGACUGAAUUUGGAAGUGCAUAACAACCCUCGACCUCGUGUUACUGCUGAGCACUCGUGCCAAAUAAAGAAAUGUCAGUUGGCCAGAUAAACAUCACAAGGCGUCGCACACCAGCACUUGUGUUGUUACUCGUGUAUUUAUGUAUAAAGCGUCACUGCAUUUCAUGCUGGUGAAGCAAAUAAAAGCUUUUCUGUGA